GAGGCUGAUGAUGAUGUUGGGUCUGUAGUCUGUAGCCGCAUCAACGCACAUCUCACGCAUUCACACAGAGGAGCUUCACAGACCGGCGAGAUGUGGAGGAUAGUGGAACUCGUGGCGUGUUUACUUAUGAUGUCCACUCAUGUAUCAUCUCAGAGUAAGAUCUUUGGAGAGGAACAAGUCCGCAUGACAUCAGAGGGAUCCGACUGCCGCUGUAAGUGCAUCAUGCGGCCUUUGACCCGGGAUGCAUGUGCCCGAUUACGAACGGGAAGUGUGCGUGUGGAGGAUUUUUACACGGUGGAGACGGUGAGUUCCGGAGCCGACUGUAAAUGUUCCUGCACGGCUCCACCCUCCUCUCUCAAUCCUUGCGAGAACGAAUGGAAGAUGGAAAAACUCAAGAAACAGGCACCAGAACUGCUCAAGCUGCAGUCCAUGGUGGACCUUCUGGAAGGAACUCUAUUCAGUAUGGACCUUCUCAAAGUUCACUCAUACAUCAAUAAGGUGGUGUCUCAAAUGAACAACCUGGAGGAGAUGAUAAAGAUGAACCUCUCUCGGGAGAAUGACUUUGUGAGAGACAGUGUGGCGACUUUGACCAAUCAGCUACGGCAGUACGAGAAUCAUUCUGACAUCAUGAUGAGCAUAAAGAAAGAGCUGUCCAAUCUGGGCCUUCAGCUCUUACAGAAAGACUCCACCGCCUCAGGCCCUAAAAGCAAAGCUCAGGACACACUGGGGACAAAUAUCAAAGAUGCUUCAAAGUUUCCAGCAAAGAAACCAGAAAAGGGGAAACCUCCACCAAAGCCAGUGAAGGAAAAGCCGGCCAAGCCGAAGAAAGAGACCACAAAACCAAACAAACCUGGUAAACCGGAGCAAACAGAACUGCCUGGUAAAACAAAACCAUCACAGAACCAGCCAGGACUCAUCCGGGGAAUCACAUACUACAAAGCCACCAAAACUGAAGAGACGGGCAACCAAAAAGGUGAAGAGAGACCUGAUGAAACGGACACGUUGCUUGAGGUAGAGGCAGAGGUAGAGGAAGAGCAAACUACUAUAUUUCCCAACGCCUUAGCAACAGAGACAACCCCGGCAACCAUACCCACAGCGACAACAACAACAACCCCUCCUCCCACAACAACCCAGAGGACGACAACAACUAGCAGAACAAUAUACAGAGAGGAGCGACCGGCUCCAACCAUUGCACUAGUGCUGGACAACACCAGCAACAACUCAUACAUCGCAGUUAAAGAACACAGCUGUGAAGGGACGCUGGCCUCGGUUGAUCUGCCGGUUAAACAGCACAGCUACGGUAGGAACGAGGGCGCAUGGAUGAAGGAUCCCGCCGCAAAGGAUUCCAAAAUCUACGUCACCAACUAUUACUAUGGCAACAACCUUGUGGAGUUCCGGAACUUGGACAACUUUAAACAGGGCCGUUGGAGUAACCUGUACAAGCUCCCUUAUAACUGGAUCGGAACGGGUCAUGUUGUGUACAGAGGAGGGUUUUACUACAACCGCGCUUUCACAAAGAACAUCAUCAAAUACGAUCUCAAGCAACGGUUUGUAGCCGCCUGGACUCAGCUCCACGAUGUUGUCUACGAAGACACCACACCUUGGAAGUGGAAAGGCCACUCUGAUAUCGACUUCGCCGUAGACGAGAGUGGACUGUGGGUCAUUUACCCGUCUGUUGAUGAAGACUACGGACAGGCCGAGGUCAUCGUAGUUAGCAAACUAGAUCCCAAUGACCUGUCUGUCAAAAAGGAAACCACGUGGAGGACGAGACUGAGGCGAAAUUCCUUCGGGAACUGCUUCAUUAUAUGUGGCGUCCUGUACGCGGUGGACAUCUACAAUCAAAGGGAAGGGGAGGUUUCGUACGCUUACGAUACGCUCACGGGUGCCGAGGCGUCUCCGCGUUUACCUUUCAUUAACGAAUACGGGUUCACCACACAAGUCGAUUACAACCCGAAAGAAAAAGUUCUGUACGCCUGGGACAAUGGACACCAGCUCACCUACAACAUCAACUUUGUAGAGCAGGAAAAGAAAUGAAAUCAGACUUUAUCCAUCUUAUCUAAUCGAAGCAAAAGCCACUUCCUGUGUAUCUGAUUGUAACUGCCUCACUGACAAACACUCUCAUGAAACGGUUCAUCGUGUCCUCAUGAACUUUAACAGACAUUUGUUCGAUACGCUGCUCUACAGCUCUAGAAUUCACUGCCAGUUCUAGAAUCUAAAGAUUGCAGUGAACUCCAUGGAGUGAAGCGCCAAAAGUAAUGUUUUCCCAGCUCUAUGUUGUGCACAGGUUGAGCUUUGUAUCAGCCUUGACCCACUUUGAAUUACCAUACAAUUACAGAAAACUUAAAGGAUUAGUACACUUCCAGAAUGAAAAUUUCAGUCAAAAAGAAAUUGAAGGAGAAGUCUACUUACAGAACAACAAUUUACAGAUAAUUUACUCACCCCCUUGUCAUCCAAGAUGUUCAUGUCUUUCUUUCUUCAGUCAUAAAGAAAUUAUGUUUUUUGAGGAAAACAUUUCAAGAUUUUUCUCCAUAUAAUGGACUGAUAUGGUGCCCCGAGUUUGAACUUCCAAAAUGCAGUUUAAAUGCGGCUUUAUACGAUCCCAAAUUCGGUUGUAAACGAUCCCGGCCGAGGAAAAAGGCUCUUAUCUAGCGAAAUGAUUUUCCGGUCAUUUUUUUUCCAGUUCAUGACAGUUAGUGUAUGUCGAAAAACUCCCAUCUCAUGUUCACCCUCAACUUCAAAAUCGUCCUAUAUCACUGUUUUACCUUUUUUGUUUGAUUUUCUUUGCAUGUUUACUUUACAAAGACUGGGUCAGAACUUCUGCAGCGAUGUAGGAUGAUUUUGAAAUGAUUUUUGAAGUUGAAGUUGAAGUUUGAUUUUUUUAAAUGACAAAUCAUUUCGUUAGAUAAGAACCUUAUUUUUCGGCUGGGAUCGUGUAGAGCUCUUUGAAGCUGCAUUGAAACUGCAGUUUGGACCUUCAACCUGUUGGCCACCAUUGAAGUCCACUAUAUUGAAAAAAAAUCCUGAAAUGUUUUCCUAAAAAACCCAAAUUUCUUUUCGACUGAAGAAAAAAAGACAUGAACAUCUUGGAUGACAGGGGCGAGUAAAUUAUCAGGAAAUUUUUAUUCUGGAAAUGGCCUAAUCCUUUAACGUUAACAAAUUUUAUGCCACUGACCUUUUGACACAUGAUCAUUAUUACAUAACCCCAUAAAAAUCUGUGUACUUUUUGUGACAGGACAGAACUUUGCAGGUAACAUUUUUAUAAGUUGCACAUGAUGCUUGUCCUGAAGUGCAUUUAAGUCCUAAUGCAAUUCAUGUGAAAGGUUCGAAAGAGUUCAUAAUUACAGCUUCUAGAACUUUGUGUUGAUUUUUUUUUUCCAUUAAAAAGCCCUUACAAAUGUUUACAUAAUUUACACUUUCCUAAACAGGCAUGCUGCAAUAAAGCGAAAUUAAACAAUAAAAAUAAUAAAAACAAUAAAAGUUAUGUAUAUAAUAUAUUUAAUGAAUUAAAUGUAACCUUUAAAUCAAUAAAAAAAAUAAUAAAGUAAAAAUCUAAGUAAUAAAAUCUAAGUAAUUUAAGCAUUUUUGUCAUCUGUCUAGAAGUGAGGGGCCGUUCACAUGGAACAUAUUUAUCCAUUCCUGUGCUACUUUUCAAUUUUUUCUAUGCAAAUGUGCUAGACGGACAUGUUUGACCAUUGCGUACACGUCUUCCUUUUUUGCAGCGGAUUGCACAAAUUUCAGCUUUUACACGCAGCGCCGCUCAUCAAUGUCAGCUCCAAAACAGUGGACCAAUCAGAAGACCCUGGAGGCGGGGCAAGCGUUGCGAGCUUUUGUUUACAGUAGCAAAUUGGCAUGUCAACUGUUUUAUUUGACAGCAACAUGGUGGAGGAGGCAUUUGGCGCUGCGCUUUUUAAAAACCAUUCCUGAGUGCUACGUUCUGUGUGAAUGGCCCUUGACACUGUAUCCACCUUAUUUUUUUCCUGGGCGCGUCAAUUUAAAAUCUGGCUUCCGGUCUCAUCCAUGUCCAGCUAUUUUUAGCUGUACAAAACAGCUCGUUUUGCUGCUUGAUAUUGCAAAUUGGUGUGUUACCAUAUUAUUUUAAUUAUGAACAUUGGUUUGCAUGUUGUUGUUAUUCUUCUUGUUAUUUCUUUAUAGCGGCUCACCCAUAGGCGUUAAAGAAUAAGGUGGAUAAAAUAAUUUUUUUUCAUUAAUUGAAUCUUUAAUAUGAAUUUACUUUGUCUUGUAAAUCUCAAAUUUGAACUUGUUUUGAGUAAAAUUUAAAACAAUUAAAAAUCUGCCAGCAGUAAGACAAAAUGCUCUUAUAUUUAAAAUAUAAUAUGCUUCUCAAGAAAAUUUAUCUUGGUUAAAAGACAGGUACUUUAACAAGUAAAUUAGACGAAAUAUGUAUUAAGAAUGGGAUUGCAAGCAGCGGAUGCAUAGCAUCUCACUGGUCUAAAAUCCUGCUGAUGACAAAUGUUUUACGCAUCGCCCUGGUUAGUAUACGUGUAAACCGUUAAACAGUUGUGUGACCUGCUCUUUUUUAAUACAAAUGAAAACUUCGUCAUGUCAACCACACCUACAACAUAACGCAAUAAACAUAAGCAUUCAAAAGACACCUGCAGGAAAGUUGGCGUAUGUUUUUCAUGCCAGAAAAUUAUCUUUCAGUGUUUCGGUCCAUAUAGCCUCAGCAGACUGUUAAAGCAUGGAGAAAAGCAUCAUAAUGGAGAAAGAAUGCGUAUGAUUAUGUUAGUGAGUCUCUGUAAAGACUGGGCAGGGUUACGUAUAAAAAUGUUUAUAACAGGCAGGUUGGGCGAGGAAGGCCUGUGUGACACAUGGGUACCGAUACUUAUGUCAUGUAUAAACAGUUUAAUGGUGUUUAGAAUGUUAUUGUUUUAUAGCAGUUUUUUUGUGCUCGUGCCCACUGUAAAUAGCAGAGUAUUUUUUAUUUUGUUUUGACUGAGUUUUAGAGAAAGUCUUCCCAAGAGGAAGAGAUUUCUUUACCUCUGUCAAUGCAGCAUGUCUGAUUGUAAUAAACUCUAAUUGGAUUUUGUUAAAUGUGCAUUUGGUAUUGUGAAAUAUAUUCCUAAACAGAUUAAAAAUACUGCUG